GUCCCGCGGCCGGCGCAGAGUCGGUGUGGGCGAACAGCUCGGCGCUGCGGGUGAGCGUGCUCGGCUGGAGCUCACUCUGUGCGGUGCGCCUCUGGAGGCUUGCGCUGCGCCCCGCCGGCGCCGACCUCUGGACUCGCAUGCCUACCGACGGAGAAUACGCAGAGGCUACGAAUCUUCGUCCCGGGACUUGGUAUGAGAUCAGAGUGGUGGCGAGCUCAUCCGCCGGUGAGAGCAUAGCCCUGUAUCGAGCUGCAACCCUGACAAUUAAUGGAGAACGAUUAGGAGAAGUUGUGGAGCUACCAGUAGAAGAGCGUCGUGCGUCAGCAGAGGGUGCGGGGGGCGAAGGGGUGCACUCGGCCGGGGAGGGAGGUGGCUGGCGCGCGCUGCUGGUGCCCGCACUGCUCGGUGGGGGGCUCGCUGUACUCCUUGCUGGAUUGGGAGGUUUGGUGCUCGUCCGUCGGCGCCGGCCCCCGUGCUGUCUCCGCGGCGGGUGCUCCCUGCAGGCGGCGCGACCGCAGCCUCCGCUCUACACCACCGAGCCCAAGAGAAACGAGAAAGCUCUCACUCUUCCGGAUGGUCAACUGCACGAGAUAAGUCCAUAUGCAACAUUCAGUAUGUCAGGAGAACAGGCACUGAUGGGGGGUGCGGGCGCGGGGGGGUGCGCUCUGCACCUGCGCAGCUUCGGGCGCGCCGAGUUCGACCUGGCUGCGCCUCCGCCCCGACCCAACUUGUUAGCGCACGCUAACGAGUACGGGCGGGCCCGCGACCACCGCGACACCGAGUCGGAGUCGAGCGGCUCCCCGUGCGCCGCCUGCGCCGCCGACCUCUACCGGCUGCCGGCCCCCAGUCUCUCCGACACGCUGCCAGCUGUGGAGUCCAGUGCAGAGGAGACGUCGUACAGUACGGGGGCCCGCGGGGGCGGCGCGGCGCGGGGGGAGAGCGCCCCCCGGCCGGCUCCACGCUCGCGACGUCGCCGGGAACACACCAGACAUUCCUCUGGACCUACUGUGAGAUACUUCUCUUCGAAGUCACUGCAAGACCGACAGCGUAUUGUGUGAAUGUUCAAUUAUCAUAAUUUUAAUGUUUAGCUCUUAGGUAUUACUGGAUCUGUAAAUAGAGUGACAUUUGCAAGGACCUAG